CUCCCGCCGCCGGUAUUUUUAGCUUUUUUUUUUACAUACUAAACUGUUUUUAAUUUUAACAAAAUUAAUAGAAAAAAUAAAAUUUAAAUAAUAUUUUUAAAAUGGAAGUUGUGCAUCCUGAAAAAAAGAUAAAAAUGGAUAUAGGAGAAGCCGAAAAACGAAAGGAAGAUACGCCCGGCAUUUGCUAUUGUGGAAAAGAUCGUAACUUAAAUAUAGUAGAAUUACUUUGUGCCAAUUGCAAUCGAUGGCAUCACGAAUCUUGCAUAAGCUAUCAACUCGGUAGACUAGUUCCAUUCAUAACAAAUUAUGUUUUCAUUUGUAAAAACUGUUCUCCCAGUGGUCUGGAAAGCUUUAGAAAAACUCAAGCUACUAUUCCACAAAUGUGCGUUACUGCCAUUGCAAAUAUGCAACAAAAUUCGGUCAAAGAAGGAAAGAAUCAAUUGCUCUUUAGCAAGGACAAAGAAAUUAUUCCCUUCAUUGACACUUAUUGGGAAGCAAUGACAACAAUGCCUCGACGUCUUACAAUCUCCUGGCACUCGACAGUUCAACGCGCACUUCUCAAAGACAUUCAAAUUGCUUUUACAUACGAAGAAUCAGUAGAAAAUGGAGCAAUGUUUGGAUUGUUUAAUGGGGAUUUGACAAAAAUAAAGCCCAAUUACGAUGCAAUGGUAAAGUUGGGAGCACUUCGUUUGACCGAGGACGGUUAUGCACAAGCUUCACUUGCCAAAAACAACAGGCAACGACGAAAACUUCCGGCAAAUGAUUCAGGCACAACAACUAAAAAAGGCAGACCCAGUGCCGAUAUUGCAGCUAAUUUAAAACUACCAGCUCACGGUUACCCUCUUGAGCAUCCAUUUAAUAAAGAUGGCUACAGAUAUAUUUUGGCCGAGCCCGAUCCACAUGCUCCAUUUAGGCAAGAAUUUGAUGAAAGUUCCGAUUGGGCUGGAAAACCGAUUCCGGGUUGGCUCUACAGAACUCUUGUACCGAAUUCUGUACUUUUAGCAUUACAUGACAGAGCACCACAGUUGAAAAUAGCAGAAGAUCGAUUAGCUGUAACAGGAGAAAAAGGUUAUUCUAUGGUUAGAGCAACUCAUUCUGUGAAUCGAGGAAGAUGGUAUUUCGAAAUAACUAUUGAAGAAAUGCCCGAGGGAUCAGCAACACGUUUAGGUUGGGGUCAAGAAUAUGGCAAUCUACAAGCUCCAUUAGGUUAUGACAAAUUUGGUUAUUCAUGGAGGUCCCGGAAAGGUACAAGAUUUCAUGAAAGUCAUGGAAAACAUUACAGCGAAGCGUAUAUAGAAGGAGAUACAUUGGGAUUUCUUAUUGACUUGCCCGAAGUUGAAUUAACCGAAUACUUACCAAGCACCUUCAAAGAUAGACCUCUUGUAAAAUUCAAAAGUCAUCUCUACUACGAGGACAAGGAUAGAGUGCAGGAAACUCUCAAAAAUUUCAAAACUUUACCUCAAAGUAAAAUUGAAUUUUUCAAAAAUGGAAAAUCACAAGGAGUUGCAUUUACCGACAUUUAUGGUGGAUCUUAUUAUCCAACUAUUUCAAUUUAUAAAAGUGCUACUGUGAGUGUUAAUUUUGGACCGAAUUUCAAAAGCCCAGAAAUUUUGACUGAGUAUGAUGCAAAAGGGAUGUUUGACAGAGUUGAAGAACUAAUAAGCGAACAAUCUUUAUCUGAUUUGUUGUUCCUAACGGAAAAUCGUGGAAGGCUGAGACUGGACAAUUACCAUUUGUGAAUGAAUUAGUUUAAGAGUUUGGAAUAAACAAACAAUUAGGUGGUAUGUGUUUAAAACGACGCAAGCAAAUUAUAUUUUAAAAAUCAAACAAGUUGGUAUACAAAAUUAUACAGAAAAAGUUUGUAUUGAAUCAUCAAAUAUAGUAAUAAAUCAUAAGAAAUUUAAAAUCGCAGAAAAUAUCGAGGAAAGAAUAAAGAAAAUUAAAUAU